GCAACCCUGCUCAAACUGCCAAAACCUUGUCGCUGGGUGGCUGUGACUGGGAGAAGAGAUGCCAGAGGGAGACAAAUAGAAGCUUGGGAAUUCUGGCCACUUUGUCAUGGGCCCUCGGGGGUCGAUCCAGUGACACCAGCAGCAGCCAGGCAAAGGAGAGGGAAGACAGACAGGUGGACGGAACACUUACUCAAGCAGAAGGCGUCUUAUAAGGAGGAGACGGGACCGGCGGGUGGCAAAUCUUCAGCGUGGCGCCCUCCGCCACCAGAGAGGAAGAAGAACAAGAGCAUCGGCCGUGCGACAGUUCCUCCUCGUCCAGGGCCGGCGAGAUGAAGAGACCCCACGACUACAGCUCCGAGGAGUCGGACACGGAGGAGCUGAUUGACGUGGGACAGGAGGACGGCUACUGCCCAGUCACCGGGUCCACGUCCCCUGGCAGCGCUUCACAGAUCCUGGCCAGAAAGAAGAGAAGAGGGAUCAUAGAAAAGAGGCGCAGGGACCGGAUCAACCACAGCCUGUCUGAGCUCAGGAGGCUGGUGCCAAGUGCCUUCGAAAAGCAGGGCUCCUCCAAGUUGGAGAAAGCUGAGAUUCUGCAAAUGACGGUGGACCACCUCAAACUUCUGCACGCCAUGGGAGGGAAAGGGUACUUUGACGCCAGGGCGCUGGCAGUGGACUACAGGACUCUGGGCUUCAGGGAGUGUGUCGGAGAGGUGGUGCGGUACCUCAGCUCCCUGGAAGGAGACUCCCCAGACCCGAUAGGAGCCCGUCUGGUCACCCACCUCUCCCACUGCGCGAGCGAGCUGGACCCCCUCCUCCUUCAGUCGCCCCCGACCUCCGCUUUGCCCUUCCCUCCUUGGCCCUGGGUGUCCUUCCCCCAGAUGAGCGCCACGCUGCCGCCUGCCUCCUCCUGCGGCGGGCGGAGGGACCUGGCCCUGAUGGGGAGCUACCCUCCACCCGCCUCCCUCCGUCUGGCGCCGCUGGUCGGCUGCCAGCAGGGGGUGCCGCCUCUCCUCGCGCCCGGCGUCCUGGCGAGCGUUCACAGGCUGCCGUCCCUCGCCCCGUCCCCGUCCGCAGGCCCACCCAGGCCAACCCAGGCAUCACCUCACAGCAGGACCUCGCCUCUCCCUCCCGCCCAUUCCUCUUCAUCCCCGCCCACCGCACCGCCCCUCAUCUCUUUCAGACCAUUCGCACCUCUGGGGUCUCCAACGGUCCAACGCAGGGGGCUGAGUGGCAAGUCGGGCCAAGGAUGGCCGACUGAAAUCGGAGCGUUUUAAGGACUUUUUUUUUUUUUUUUUAAUCCCAAAUGAACUAUGCAGGAGCGAACAUUUGAGGACUUCGGUGUCUUUUUAGGACUCGACAAGCCAUAUCAGACUGAACCUUUCAGAUAAUCACCAUGACGAUUAACAAAUAAAAGAAUGUUCAACAGAGCCAUACGUUUAACUGUGAUGUUCCCAAAAUCAUUUUUCCAUCCGAUUUUUGUGUAUGGCAAAGAAUGUUUUGGAUAAAAAAAAAAAAAUCCAUAAAGAAAAAAGUGCCUUUAACAUUUGGUUGUGUUUUUUUUUUAUUGGCAAUCGCCACUUGUUGUCAUAGCGACUGUCAAAAUUAACU